AUGUUUGGGAUCCACGGUACCGAAGGUGCCAAUGGGCGGCGAUCUGACGGUGCUGCACGACAUGGUUCGGACAUGGAUUCCUCUACUGAACGCGAUUUUCGCUCUACAUCUCGUUCUGACCCUUCAUCCGCUCAGACGAGGGCAGUGAACAGCGCGUACGAUCAGGACGCGCGACUCGCAGGAUCUGUUGCUACCCUCCCUGACAAUACUCCCAUUCUUCCACACUGGUCCGCGAAACGCCAUCUAACAUGCGGAAAUCCGACACCUCCUCCGUCCUGGGCACCAAAAAUGACCCCUUGGCGUCCAACUCCUGGCAAGCUCAAGACGACCAACGCUAUCCUUGUCUUGUGUCUGAAUAUCGAUGUCGAUCCACCGGAUGUUGUCAAGACGUCGCCAUGUGCGGUAUUGGAAUGUUGGGUGGACCCACACACGAUGCCCUCGCAGAAGGCACUGCAGAUAAUUGGGGCCAACUUGCACCACCAGUUCGAAGGACUAAGCCAGAAGAUGUAUUAUAAACCCCUACUGGAUCCCGCAUUCGAUGACCUGCGCAAGUUGUGCCAAGCGAUGCGCAAGCAGGCUAAGGACGAUGCGAUCUUGUUUUACUACAAUGGCCACGGUGUGCCCAAGCCUACCCCCAGUGGCGAAAUGUGGUGCUUUAACAAGAACUACACGCAGUACAUUCCUGUGUCGCUUCAGGAGCUACAAGGCUGGCUUCUCUCACCAUGUGUUUACAUCUGGGAUUGUUCAGCAGCGGGCCACUUGUUGCAGAACUUCAUAAACUUCGCACGGAAACGUGACACCGAUGUCGCUAUGAACCGUGGUGGGUACCCGGAGGGUACACCUCCAUUCUCGGAAAGUAUACAGCUGGCUGCUUGUACUGCUGAUGAGCAAUUGCCCUCUUGUCCUGAACUACCGGCCGAUCUUUUCACAUCAUGUCUGACUUCGCCAAUUGACAUCGCCUUGCGUUACUUCAUCAUGACCCACCAGCUGCCCAACGAUAUUACGGCCGACAUGGUGAUGCAGCUUCCUGGUGACCUUAAAGAUCGUCGGACGCCUCUGGGUGAACUUAACUGGAUCUUCACUGCCAUCACGGACACCAUUGCAUGGACAACUUUCUCGCGCGAUAUCUUUACCCGAUUGUACAGGUCAGAUCUACUUGUUGCUUCAUUGUUCCGCAACUUCUUGCUGGCAGAACGGAUCAUGAAGAAUUAUCACUGCACUCCACACACUUAUCCUCCGCUGCCGCCGACGAAUACUCAUCCGUUGUGGGCUUCGUGGGAUUUGGCUGUAGAUUCAUGCCUUAGACAGCUUCCCGAGUUGCUCAAGCAUGCGAAGCCCAGGGCGGACACAGACGCUUCGCUCACAGUCCAUGCGCGACGACAAACAACUCAAUCUGGCGAGAAGACGUCAGUUGGCGAGCAGCCGUACACGUACACUCCCAGUCGGUUCUUUGCUGAUCAGCUUACAGCAUUCGAGGUGUGGAUUUCUCGCGGCGGGUCUGCGCUGACGAAACGUGGACCAUUGUCCUUGCCGGAAACGAAUGGAGAUGCGAGUUUUGAAAUGGCAGACAUCGCAGAUUCUACAAAUCUGCCCCAGGAUUUGGCACAACAUCAUCUGGUCCCUCGCAGACCUCCAGAUCAACUUCCCAUCGUUCUUCAGGUCCUUCUCUCACAGCCUCACCGUCUGCGUGCACUCAUCCUUCUAUCUCAAUUCGUUGAUUUGGGCCCUUGGGCGGUCUAUCUUGCUCUCACCAUUGGAAUUUUCCCAUAUAUUGCGCGUCUCUUGCAAGCCGCAAGUCACGAUUUACGCCCUGUCCUUAUCUUCAUUUGGACGCGCAUAUUCGCCGUCGACCCCACCUGCCAGAUUGACUUGUACACGAACCAGGGAUACAAAUAUUUUGCGAACGUCCUCUCCAUGGACGAUCCGAGACAUCUGGCGUUCCCUAACCGGUCGGAGCACAAGGCUAUGUGCGCAUUUAUACUGUCUGCGAUCUCGCGUGACUACCCGCAAGGGCAAGAUGCAUGCUGGCGCGAGCAGGUGUUUGACUCAUGCUACGAGAAGCUCAGUGACGAUGAUUUCUUACUGCGGCAAUGGUCGGCUUUGUGCAUUGCGCAAAUAUGGGACGCGAAUGCGGACAUCAAGGUCUAUGGUGUCGACCGAGGAGCUCAGGACAAGUUGAUCGCGAUGCUGUCAGACGAUUCGGCAGAAGUCCGGUGUGCGGCAUUAUACGCUCUAGGAACCUUCCUGGGUGCUUCCGGCUCUGCAGACAUGCAGAAGCUUGGAGGAGGAGGUAGCGGGACGAUGUAUCAGUUUGACGAACGGAUCCACUUCCGGAUGGAGGUAGCAGUUGUCACGGGUGCAGCGCUCGCCAUUAGGGAUGAUGCGAGUCCAAUGUGCCGAAAGGAGCUGCUUGUACUCAUCAGUUGCCUGGUGAAGGAGUGGAGAGGGUAUUUCAUUGUGUGUGCGUGGAUCUAUUGGGAAGAAGAUCGACGAUGGAGGGAAAGAGAGGGACAUCCACAUCACGACGAUGUCGCCUCGCAGGCGGUAGCGGAGUGGUUAGAUGGUUUCGGGGACGAUGAAGCAUUCCGCGAGGAAAAUCGCGUAUUCUUCUCAUCCUUCCUGACAAUCUUCUGCAUCCUGCUGGAGCUUUCGGUAGACUCUUACCAAGAGGUAGCAACCAAUGCACAAACGGUGAUAGAUUACAUAUUGGCUUUACUCCUUGAAUCACCUUUCUCCCGUCUCGACAGCACCACACUCAACCGUCCUCCUUCAUCCUCGUCACAUCUCUCUGGUACAAGAACACGAGCACCUUCUCUGUCAUCACAAGGCCUACACCGGCCACCCUCUCCAACCAUUAGCCGACCAGGCAUGACUCGCAGUGACACGAUGGCGAGUACCAUCUCGAACGGGGUCACUAGCACUCUGCGACGAACUUCAUCAUUCGCCAACGCAUUGAAGAGUCUCGCAGGCAAUAUCGCAUUCCCGACGAUGGAAGAUGGUCAUUCAUCGCCCAAGCUCACAUCUACCGGCGUAACUAUCUCCGAUGUGAAUGCUGUUUCAAGGCCGCCUUCGCCCAACUUGAAUUACGCCCAGUAUACUUCGCCGUACUCGCGUCCUUCUACUCCUCAGCAAACGCACUAUCCGCAGAAAUCUUCCCCGAACCCCUCACCACGCUCGUCGCUUGAUAGUCAGCACAACGACUACCUACCCUCAGAUGUUAUGGAGGCCUUGAUGGAGGAGGAUUGGGAGCGAUUAAGGGCUCGUCGAAGGACAGAAACGCGACAUCGGCAGGGUCACCAGGGUCACGGUAAUCACCAGCAGGGAUCUUACGCCUUGGGCGCCAUGAGCAGCCCUUCGGGAAGCACAUUCUCAAUGGACUCGAACAUCAUUUUGGGCCUUGGCACAGGCGUUGGCAUCAGGGAUGUGCUCCCGCUCAAGAGCAGGUUCUAUGACUGGUGCUGUGAGUACUUCAAAGAGCCGCAGAUGAGACAACCGGAGGUUGAUGAACCUGGUAGUUUGCAGUAUAAUUACCAGGUUUGGCGACAGCAACGGAAUGAGCACGUUAUCGCACAAACCCGGACACAGGCUGAGACAGCAGGCAGUUGUAAAUGGGAUAGACCGGUAUCAACUAUCCAAGUAGCUGGCCUGCCUCUGACCAUGGCAUUCCACGCGUUUGAUCCUCAUCUCGUUAUCGCCAGCGAGACGGAUGUUAUUACGGUUUGGGAUUGGUUGCAACGGAAGCGUUUGAAUUAUUUCUUCAACGGCAAUCCCCGGGGGACGAGCAUCACAUCGCUGCAUCUCAUCAACCAAGACGUGGGUGGUAUUAUAUUGACUGGUGCCGCGGAUGGCGUGAUUCGUCUGUACCGCAAUUAUGAUCCAGCUGUCUGUAAUGGCCACGUUCAGAUGGUCAGCUCGUUCCGUGGUCUGAACGAGAUCAUCCAGAUGCCACGGAGUAGCGGGGUUGUCACGGAGUGGAAGCAAAAUGGUGGCAAUCUACUCGUGAGCGGCAGUUCCCGUAUCGUCCGGGUGUGGGAUGCGCACACAGAAAGUCAAGUCGUGGAUUUGGAUACAAAUUCGGACAGUCCUGUUACCGCACUGGUAUGUGAUGUCGGGUCAUCACAUACGUUCCUGGCGAGCUUCGCCGAUGGCACGGUGAAGGUCUAUGAUCGCCGUCUUGAAGAAGAGGAUGCCGUUGUUCGAUCAUAUAAUGAGCAUACUUCUUGGGUGCAGAACAUCAAGUGGCACCCGUCCUUUAGUGGGCAGUUCCUAUCUGGAAGUAUGGACGGUGAAGUGAAACUUUGGGAUAUGCGGGGAGGCGAGCGCUCCAUGCAGACGUGGGACAUGUUCCCGCAAGGCUUGUCGGCCUUCGAUGUUCAUGAACAGACGGACGUGUUUGCUGCGACAUCAUCUCCGACGACCACCAAUUGGCGGGCACAACGUACCGAGGUUCACUCGUUUACGCGAGCGACACCACUUACGGCGCUCGCUACUCAACUCACGCUCCCGCCUCCACGGGAGCCGUCGCUGCCAUUCGUGACGCGUUCAAGUAGCUUGGUCUUCCAUCCACGGGAGAUGGUUUAUGCCGCUGGUUUCUGGGAUGGUGCUGUGCGCAUCAUGGGUUGCAAGUUACCGUCAUAG